CGCUUAGUGCCGUGCUAUUCAGGCGCGUGAUAAGUCGUUUCGACCGUUCUAAGAACGCAUUAUGACAAGUUGCAAAUCUGCCGGUAGCUCAAGUCCAUUCGAAAAGAUGCAUGGUAUAUAAGUGAGACAUCUCGCUCUCCUGAGAUUGUGUUCCUGUACUUUCACGAACAGAUUUUCAUCAUCAUGUCAAAGACAAUAGUCAUCAUCGGGAUCACCGGUAUUCAGGGAUCGUCCGUGGCCGACACUUUCUUACGUCUUCCUGGAUGGAAAGUCCGGGGCGUAUCGCGGAAUUCCUCAGGCCCUGUUGCUCAAGCCCUUACAGCUAAAGGAGCUGAAAUCGUCACGGGUGAUUUGGACGAUAAGCAAUCCCUGUUCCUUGCUUUCGAAGGCGCUACGAUCAUUUUCUCGAAUACCGACUUCUUCGGCCACCUCUUCUAUGCAUUAGCACCGAAGGAUAGCUUAGGAGGUCGCACGCCCAACCAGUAUGCUUUUGAUCGAGAGGUCGAACAAGGCAUUAAUAUCGCGGAAGCAGCUGCUAGGCCCACGACAAUGAAGACCUUGGAGCGCUUUGUGCUGUCUUCAUUGAGUGACGCCCGGAAAUGGAGUCAUGGAAAAUAUACUCACGUAUACCACAAUAACGCCAAAAUCGAGAUCAUCCGGGCAAUUGAAACUCGAUUUCCGGAGCUCGCAGCACUCAUGAGUCUUCUUCAGGUCGGACAUUAUGUCAGAAACUGGCAAGCCUUUCCAGCUUUGGCACCUCAGAAGCAGUCAGAUGGCAGCUAUGUGAUACAAAGGACCUUUUCUCCGGAAAUGAAAGUGCCAUUUGUGGUCGCGCACAAAGAUACAGGAGCCUUUGUCAAGGCACUGGCUGAUUUGCCUCCGAAAACGGAGCUUCUCGGUGCGUCGGAACAUAUGACCUGGCCAGACUGGACAAAGCUUUGGGGAGAUACACUUGGUGUCAAGGCCACUUUCAAGCAGAUAUCCGAAGACGACUUCUUCAGAGGUGUACCCGAACCACUGAAGAAUGAGCUCGCAGAGACCUUUGCGUUUGCCGACGAAUUUGGCUAUACUGGUGGAGACCCCGACCUAGUGACAGUCGAGCAACUUGGGAUCCAACUUCCCCUUACGUCGAUGGAAGAGUAUUUCAAGAGCGAAGACUGGUCGUCGGUCCUAUAGGUUCGAAUGAGAAGGCAUGCGUGGGUCUUGGCUGGCUCCUCUGGAAUCCAGGAAUCAGAACAGUGAAAGCAUUCUAGUGCAGUAUGCCGGCAUGAGGGCGCUAGGGGAGCAUGGCGCGCUCGGUGCAGUUUGCUGUCUCCCUGAGGAAGCUGACUAAUUAAUGGGGUUUCCGGCCUCCCGCGGACUUGAAAUAUCGUACUUGGUUCGUCGUCAGUCUGAUCGAUUCACUACGGUCUCAUGGGUAAAUAGUGUAACGAACUCGCUUAACCGGGUGUGCAAAACGGCUGC